CCAGGUUGCUAGAGACCGAGCCAGCUUACCCGCCCCGGGCCAGCGCUGGCGCUCAGGCCUCGGAGGCGGGGUGAUGGCCGCCGCCUCGCAUCGAGACGCGAGGAUAGCGGCCUCCAGUUUCCACAUGCCGGUAAAUCCCAACACCGGAGCGCGGGUCGCCCACUACGAACGUGAAGACCCGCUGGAGGCCCUGGCGGCUGCGGCGGCAGCCCUGGAAGAGGAGGAGGAGGAGAAGGUGUUGCGGCCCACGCGGGCGUCGGCUGAUUUUAACACCAACUUUUCUGGGGUGGAUGAACAUGCAAACUAUGAGGACUUUGUGCACUUUUCUGAUGUUUACCACUCUAAUGAAGAAUAUUUCAGGAAACUAGAAGAGUUGAAGGCAGCCCACAUAGAAACAAUGGCAAAAUUAGAGAAAAUGUACCAAGAUAAACUAAAUUUAAAGGAAGUUCAGCCAAUGAUCGCUAAGGAAGAUGUUCCUAGUGUCUCUUCUAGCUCUACAUCAGAAAAGAACUCCUAUCACCCUGAUCCACUAAUGACAACACUUUCGGAGCCUGAUUUAGGCCGGUCUUCCUCCUUGCAUACUUCUUCCUCUGAAGAGGAUAUGGCCAAUCUAGAAAAAUACACAAUGAUGAACUAUGCUAAGGAUCUCAUCAACAACAUGUGGACAGACUUUUGUGUUAAAGAUUAUAUUCAGUGUGAAGAUGCUGACAUCCAAAUACCCGAAAAAACAAAGAAAAAACCGAAAGAAUGGGUGCCCAUGAUUACAGUACCUACGCCUUUUCAGAUGAUGAUUAGGGAACAGAAGAAAAAAGAAGAGGCCAUGAAAUCUAAAUCAAAUAUUGAAACGGUACAUCAACUACUCAAAAAACAAGAAGAAGAUUCAGAAUGUAGGAAGAAAUUCCGAGCCAAUCCAGUUCCUGUAUGUGUCCUUCUUCCCCUUUAUAAUGAUAUUGUUAAGCAAAAAGAAGAACAAAGGAAAUCUAGGAAGGAGAAAAACAAAGAAGCUCUUUUGAACUCACAAAAGCCAUUUAAGUUUAUUGCAAGGGAGGAACAGAAGCAAGCAGUCCGGGAAAAGCAACUGAGGGACUUUUUUAGAUCUAAAAAGAAAGCAAAUUCAUUUAAAGCUAGACCCAUACCUCAGUCUACUUAUGAUUCAAAUACCAGUGACAAGUUAAAAGAAGAAGAGCACUAUAGAAACAUUAAGGUGCAACCAAGAUCCCAAGAACUUUUACAGAAUUCAUCCUCUGUGCCCGAUAAGCCAGCUUGCAGGCAUUCUAAGGGUCUGGAACAGGCUGGAAAGUUAAGGUGUAAACACAAAGCCAGGUGCCAGACUCAUGAUGUUGAAGACCUUCCUGAGAAAUAUAAGUCAGGCUUCUUGGAACACCAGGGUCCAAAACUCUCAACUAUCAGUAAACCAUCUGAUCUUCGUACAUCCUCAAGUGCAUCUGCUAAAAGAGAAACCAUUUUGACAGAUAUUAGAGCAGAUGAAGAAAAUUUGAAAGAAACACAUUGGCCUUAUCAGUCUGCAAGGCACAAGACACCAGUAAGAAGUGCAAGUGCAAAGGUCAUGCCUUGUAACUGCAACCCUCCAGUGCCCACAGUCUCUUCCAGAGGACGGGAACAAGCCACAAGGAGAUCACUUGAGGAAAAGAAAAUGUUGGAAGAAGAGAGAAAUCGGAUCCUAACUAAACAGAAGCAAAGAAUCAAAGAAUUGCAGAAACUCCUGACAACCCGGGCUAAGGCUUAUGACUCACAUCAAAGUUUAGCUCAAGUGUUUAAGUCCAAAGUAAAAUAUCUCAGAAAGAGUGAAAAGGAAAGGAUGAGAGAAUUCCGACAAGAAGUAGAAGAAAGAGAAGAAAAAUUAAAAAAGAGGCCACUACUGUUUGAAAGAGUUGCUCAGAAAAAUGCAAGAAUGGCAGCAGAAAAGCAUUAUUCUAACACCCUAAAAGCACUAGGAAUAUCUGAUGAGUUUGUUUCAAAGAAAGGCCAAAGUGGAAAAGUAUUUGAAAACUUCGGCAAUCAAGAGACGAAAAGUUCCUCUGAAGAUAAAGAAAGCUUUAAUGAAGAAGAAAAAAUAGAAGAGAGAGAGAAUGAAAAAGAAAAGUAUUUUAUUGAUACCAACAGCAAGGAUUCUUGCAAGGAAAAAUAUGAAAAUGAUGAAGAAAGUGCAGAAGAAAACUCUGUCGAAGAACAAAACUGAUUCAGCCAGGUCUCCCCGCUGUGCCCUGUGGGUGGUUGCAGCAUCAGAACAUCAGCAACUGCACUUGUGAUGUUGAGAACAUCCCUGGGACACCUCUGGUAGUGCAGGGCCAUUGAACAAAGCCUGAAAAUGCUGAAUCCAUCGAGUGGUGAUUUGUCAGUUAGAGUAAGGCUUUGCCUAUUCAGAUUUUUUAAAUUGCUAUUAAGGUCUGUUCGCAACUAUGAUCUUGUAUUUUUAAGAGGUGUUUGGGGGGGGAAAAGAUUUGAGAAUCAAAGAUGUUACAAAUUGAUUAGUUUAUAAAAAUACACAUUAUUUGGUGGGAAAAAUGGCUUAGUAUUGAGAGCAAAGAAAAGUUUUGGCCUUUGAUGAUUAAAUUAAAAUAUUUUCUAGAAAGCAUGAAUCAAUAAAGAUUUUUAAUUAUA